AUGAUGUAUUGGGAUAACAAGGUUAAAGGAUAUACGUGUCCACCAUGUCGUGGUUUUACUCCAAAAUUAGCUGAAUUUUAUGAAUCAUAUGCACACGAUAAAAAUUUUCAAAUAAUAUUCAUAAUUUUCGAUAAUGAUGAAGAUUCAUUUAAUGAAUAUCAUCAAGAAAUGCCUUCUUUAGCGUUAGCUUUUCAUGAUCGUGAGAAAAAAGAAGAGUUAGGUAAAAAAGUUAAUGUUUCCAGUAUUCCAACAUUAAUUUUAUUGGAUGAAGAUUCAGGAGAUAUUAUAUGUACGGAUGCAAGAAAUCGAGUUGUAUCGGACGAUACAGGAGAGAAUUUUCCAUGGUAUUCAUCAUAA